AUGUUCAAUUCAAUUCUGUUAUUCAUCACUUUAAUUCUUUCGCUUGGCCCAAUUCAUUGCCGGAAGGCCCAUGUCAUCAACUUCCGGUGGCCAGAUCUCUACCCGGUGUCCUUCACGUGGGACCAAAAGUCGGAGCACUUCGUUGUUGGGUCCCUCCGCCAGAAACAGCUCAUCUCAAUCUCUGACGCCGGUGUUGCAGCUUCCCUUCUCUCCGACGACUCCCUUCCUGAAAACUCCUCCUUCUUUGGCGUCGCCUUAGACCGCCACCACCAUCGCCUCCUCGCCGUCGUUCACCACCCUUCCAUCCCAUCCUUCAGCGCCCUCGCCUCCUACCACCUCACCACCUUCAAUCAACUCUUCCUCGCCCCGCUCCCAAACUCCACCGUUCCAAACGACGUCGCAGUCGAUUUCUCCGGGAACGCUUACGUUACCGACUCAGCCAAUGGCAUCGUCUUCAAAGUCAACAUCGACGGCGAGGCCUCGAUUCUGUCAAGAUCUCAGGCAUAUCGCAAUUCCGGGCUGAACGGCGUCGUUUAUAACUCCAAGGGUUAUCUGCUAGUGGUGCAGCCAAACACCGGCAAAUUAUACAAAGUCAAUGUCGAUGACGGGACGGCAAGGGCAGUUAUUCUGAACAAAGACAUAACGGCGGUAGAAGGAAUCGCCGUUAGAAGUGACGGAAUUGUUGUGGCGGUAUCAAAACAUAAACUGUACUUUAUCAAAAGUCACGACAGUUGGAGCGAGGGCGUGGUGUUUGACGAAACUGCCCUUGAAGAGGAGAGGCAGGCCAGUGCUGUGGCAGUGGGGGCUGAGGACAGGGUAUACGUGUUAUAUGGGCAUGUAAAGGAGGGCAUAAUGGAGAAUUCAGAGAGAGUGGAAUUUAGUAUAGUAGAAGUGGAAUCAGAAAAGGAGAGUAAAGAAGGGAGUGUUUGGAUAUUUGUUUUAUUGGGUUUGGGAUUUGCUUAUUUUUUGUUUUGGAGAUUUCAAAUGAGGCAGCUCGUGCAGAAUAUGGACAAGAAAACUGCAUAA